GUGCAGAAUUGAGAAUAAAGGGGUGCUAUGCAUACGGCCGGUGACGCGGCCAUGUUAUGGUGGCUAGAAGGGGGACGUGACGCCGGCAUAUCCGCCGAGAAUCCUCGCGUUCAUGCGCUGCCGCAAAGGCCACGGUGGCGCUGCGGUCAGCUUGGCGAUGCAGUCACACGGUUGCGCGCAUGUGCAGCUUCCCGCGGUGACUGGCCGGCGCGACAGCGUUCCUGUUUCUUCGCGGCUGCCAAAGUGUUCUCUUGUUUAUGGCAAUAUGUGUUUCGCUGCUGACAUGUUAAUGUGAGUGUCGGACUUCGCCGAACAGAUGAAUUCCAACGCAAAAAACGCCAGGCAGCGUCACUGCUGCGCCCCUGGCUGCACGUCCGGCUAUGUGUCGUCGAGGCAGCAGAGUCAGCGUGUGUCUCUUUUCUGUGCCGAAGGACCCUGCACGCUUCGAAGCUUGGCGACGAGCCGACCCCCGUGCCGCCAAAUCAUUGGACGCGAAGUCGGCGCUAUGUGAGCGUCAUUUCGACGAGCAGUUUAUUGAGCGUUGUUUCACGCACAUGAUAAACGGUGAAACUGUGCAGAUUCCGCGAGAGCGGCAGGUGCUGAAACCCGACGCGGUUCCAACCGUAUUCCCCAAUGUUCCCGCAUAUAUCUCGAAGAAAGUGCCGAAGAAAAGGACAUCAAGAACUUCAACCUGCGGUUUGCCUAAGGAGAUCCGGCGCCAGGAAUCAAGCGUGUCUGUUUGUGCAAACCAACGGACUCGGGUGCAGAAAGCGAUUUUAACCAAGUGCCAGAAAUUCCUUAUGUUCGCAAGUGUGAUCUUCCCAGUGCUUACUGGGCUAGACACCUUAUUGCUGGAGCCGGCAACGUCACGGUGUUUAGCGUGUGCGCUCUAGAAGGUGAGAACAUAUAUUUUCAAAAGUAUGUGCUGAUAACAUCAAAUGAGAAGACAGUUCAGGCGACGGUUUUUGUGCGAGCCACAAAAGUCAAAACUGUUCAUAUUAGUGACAUGGAAAUGGCAGAAGAGUUGCUUCGCAACGUGGACUCCUUGAUCCAAUGCAGAGGAUUUGGUAAAACUGGCGAAUUUGAAGCAAACGCCAAGCGCAAUGACAAGACCUGUGGUAGCAGAACUUUCAGCUCAUUCUGCCGCGGAGUUGCUCAGACGCCAGAAAAAGCCUGUGCACAGUGCAAGCAACUCAGGAGACUGCUGCUUAAUCAGGCAUCCUACAGAAGAAGAAAAGUAAAAACCGGGGUCCAGUCGCUUUCGUAUAGGUUGAAGCUGCGAACAGCAGAAGCGAAAAGGCGCAGGCUAAGUGUCCUUCGAGCCAAAUUACGCAUUGAGCAGAGUUGAAGUAAAAGAAUACGCAGCUUGAUUCUGCGGUCUUUGAGGAAGCAGUCAAGACCUUACCCAUGAAGCAGCAGCAGCAGGUCAAGGCGUGCUUUCCAGCAUCGAAGAGAAAAUGUACGAAAGGAAUGAAGUACGAAAGUGAGUGGGCGCUGGAGUGCUUGAUAAUGUACGUGAAGAGCCGCAGACUAUGAGCACAUACGCAGAAACAAAAUAAUGACCUUGCCUUCUCGAACAUCCUUACGCCGAUAUCUAAAGAGUUACAGGAGUGGGUUCGGCCUUAGCGAGAAGGUGUUUGGUGCCGUGGCAGAAAAAACUAAAUCAAUGGACUCAUUCCAGCGCCAUGGCGGACUCCUAAUUGACGAGAUCAAGCUAUUCGAAAGCUUGAGCUUAGCAUCCAAUGGCAUAAUCGAAGGUUUUGUGGACCUUGGAAAGUUCACAUGAAAGUGAGCGCGCCAUGACAUGCGACCAUGGCCUUGUUUUGUUUUUGCCUUUUACUGAAAUGUGGCACCAGAUUAUUGGCGUGUUUGCAUCCCAAAGCAAUGUGAAGUCGGACACUUUAGGCAGAAUAAUCCUCGAAGCUGUGGUCAUGUGCGAAAAUGCCGGCUUGCACGUAGAUCUCAUCACUACUGAUGGAGCUGCGUGGAACAGGUGUAUGUGGCACUCGUUUGGCACACACGGCCGAAAAGAAAACACGGUCUGUAGAAGGCAGCACCAUAAUGACCCAGAACGCUUCCUGUUGUUCAUAUCUGACUUUCCGCAUCUCGUGAAGUGUGUCAGGAAUGAUUUUGUUCGAACAGGUUCAAAGCUACCAGAAGCCCGUGCCAGUGUUGAUCCUAUUGAUUGUGCCCGAAACCUUGAUGAACAGCACGACACGACCCUCAGAGCCAUGCCUCAUAUUAAUAAAUCAGUCGUGCGGCCGAACGGUUUCGAGAAAAUUAGGGUUAAUUACGCAUUCAGGCUUUUCAGUGAUGAAACACUGAGAGGUCUUUUCUUGUAUAAUGAACAGAUUGAAGAAAAGCAUGGGAGCACGGCUGCAACAGUCAGCUUUGCGGAAAAAAUUAGAAGGCUGAUUGAGGCCAUGACAUCAAGGUGCAGCUUAGAUGCACUCAGGCCUGGAGGUACACACGAGAAGUGCAUUGAAAGUUUUUUGGCUUACUUGGACGCAUUGGAAGCAGCUCCUGGCCCUGAAGGCUUCCUUAGUCGCAUUACAGCAGAGGGAUUUCGUGUAACCUUAUCAAGCACCUUGCACCUGCUCCGCUAUGUGACAACGAAGUUGAACUUCCACUACAUGACUUCCCCUUUGUGUCAGGACCCUUUGGAGAGACUGCUUGGAGUCGUCCAGCAAAUGUCUGGGUGCAAUGACCAUCCAACUCCCUCCCAAUUUCUGAUACCUGUGAAUGCUUUCAGCUUCCAGAAUUUGGCUAAGUCACCGAUGGGAAGCAAUGUACCUUCAGGACUACUAAGGAGCCUGCUGGGAGCUGAAAACAGAAACGACAAGACCACUCAAAGGAGACCGGAUGAGCUUCUGGAUCUAGGCAACCUUUAAUUAUGGGUUUUUACGUGCCAAAACCAUUUUCUGAUUACGAGGCCUUGCCGAAGCACAUGAAGUGCUAAGUGAAUGCGGCCACGGCAUCCGGCAUGCUGCCAUGGAGGUUCAAGCCAGCGAUUCCAGACUUAU